GAACCCCAGGGAUAAGAGGCCACCUCCAGGCUCCUGCUCACUCCUCUCCCUCCUCUUCCUCAGCUGAUCCUGCUCUCUCAGCUCCAGUCCAGAGCCAUGGGACCGCUGUUGGUCCUGCUGGCUCUGAGCUGUGUGACUCUGGCCCAAGGGGAUCCAUUCUACAUUCUGCUCACUCCCAAUGUCAUGAGACUGGAAAGCGAGGAGCAACUGGUACUGGAGGCCCAUGGGGCUGCUGGCGACGUACCUGUUGAGGUCACCAUCCAUGAUUUCCCCCAAAAGAAGCAAGUCCUUUAUUCAGAGAAGAUCACCCUGAACAAUGCCAAUGAUUACCUGGGUACCAUCACUGUUAAGAUCCCAGCCCAGAACUUCCAGAAUAACAAGGACCACAAGUACGUCAGUAUCUUGGCCAAGUUUAACAAUGAAAAAAUAGAGAAAGUGGUGUUAGUGACUCUCCACAGCGGCUACCUAUUUAUCCAGACUGACAAAACUAUCUACACACCCGGCUCCACAGUUCUGUACCGUAUCUUUACUGUGGGCCACAAGCUUCAACCUCUGGCCAAAACUCUGACUGUCAGCAUCCAGACUCCUGAUGGCAUCAUCAUCAGGAAGGACCCAAAGUCCUCUCAGAACAAGAAUGGCAUACUGGGAAUGUCCUGGCUUAUUCCUGAGCUUGUCACCAUGGGCCAGUGGAAGAUCAUUGCUUAUUAUGAUGACUCCCCCCAUAAAACCUUCUCUGCUGAAUUUGAAGUGAAGGAGUAUGUGCUGCCAAGCUUUGAGGUAAAGCUGCACCCAGAGGAAAAAUUCUUCUAUAUCGACAACCAUGAUGGUCUGAAAGUCUCCAUCAUGGCCAGGUUCUUGUAUGGAAAGAUGGUGGAUGGCACUGCCUUUGCCAUCUUUGGAAUUCUGGAUGAAGGAAAUAAGCGUAGCAUUCCUGAAUCCCUCACGCGAGUUGUGAUUGAAGAUGGCAAUGGAGAAGUUACCCUCUCCCGGAAUGCUCUGCUGAAACAGUUCCCAGGCCAAAACCUGGUGGGAAAGUCCUUGUAUGUGGCGGUCACAGUUAUACUGCAGACUGGGAGUGAUAUGGUUGAGGCUGAAUACACUGGGAUCCCUAUCGUGAUAUCUCCUUACCAAAUCCACUUCACCAAGACUCCUAAGCACUUCAAGCCAGCUAUGCCUUUUGAUCUCACGGUUUUUGUGACUAAUCCAGAUGGAUCCCCAGCCCCUCAGAUUCCAGUGGUGGUCCCAGACUUUCAGGUCCAAUCUAUGACCCAAGAAGAUGGUCUGGCCAAGUUGAGAAUCAACACACCCAAUAACCGUGGUCCUUUGAACAUUCGAGUAAGGACAGAAAAGGAAGGCUUACCUGUGGAUCGCCAGGCAUCCCAGCAAAUGGUCGUUCAGCCCUAUCAAACCAUGGCAGGCUCCAACAACUACCUGCACCUGUCUGUACCCUCAGUGGAACUCAAGGUUGGCGACAGCCUGAACAUCAACUUCCACUUGCGAACAGAUGGGGCCGACGUGAACCAGCAAAUCAGUUACUUCACCUAUGUGAUCAUGAACAAGGGGAUGGUGAUGAAGGUUGGACGCCAGUUGCGGCAGGUGGGCCAGGAUGUGGUGGUGCUUACACUACCCCUGACGGCUGACUUCAUCCCCUCCUUUCGAGUGGUGGCAUAUUACCAGGUGACUCGGAAUGGCCAGAAGGAGCUGGUGGCUGACUCUAUAUGGGUAGAUGUCAAGGAUACUUGCAUGGGCAAGCUGGUGGUGAAAGGAGCAGGGAAUGUGGAGAAAACACACCUACCUGGGAAACAGACCACACUGAAGAUUGAGGGUGAUGCUGGAGCCCUGGUGGGGCUUGUGGCUGUGGACAAGGGAGUGUUUGUUUUGAACAAGAAGAAUAAACUGACCCAAAGCAAGAUCUGGGACACGGUGGAGAAGGGAGACAUUGGCUGUACUCCAGGUAGCGGACAGGACUAUGCUGGAGUGUUCACAGAUGCUGGGCUUGCCCUCAAGACCAACAAGCAACUUCAGACAGUCCAGCGGUCUGACCCCGAGUGCCCAAAGGUAGCCAAGAGGCGCCGCCGCUCCGUCCAGCUCAUGGAGAUAAGGAACGACAAAGCUGGCCAGUAUAAGGACAAACACUUGAGGACUUGCUGUGAGGAUGGCAUGCAUAUGAAUCCCAUGGGCUACUCAUGCGAAAGGAGGACCCAGUACAUUUUAGACAGUGAGGAAUGUGUCAAGGCCUUCCUGGACUGCUGUAACUACAUCACCAAGAUUCGUCAGGAGAAACAGAGGGUAAACACCCUCAACCUGUCCCGAAGUGAAUUAGAUGAGGAAAUUGUUCCAGAAGAAGAUAUCAUCUCUAGAAGCCAGUUCCCAGAGAGUUGGCUGUGGUCCUUGGAGCGACUGACAGAGAAACCAGAUAAGUAUGGAAUCUCAACCAAGUCCCUCACUGUGUUCCUCAAAGACUCCAUCACAACCUGGGAGAUCCUGGCUGUAAGCUUGUCAGACACCAAAGGCAUCUGUGUGGCUGACCCCUAUGAGAUCACUGUGAUGCAGGACUUCUUCAUCGACCUUCGCCUGCCCUACUCUGUGGUCCGCAACGAGCAAGUGGAGAUUCGAGCUGUGCUCUACAACUACAGAGAGUUUGAGACACUUAGGGUACGUGUGGAACUGCUCUACAACCCGGUCAUCUGCAGUGCUGCCACCUCCAAGAAGCGCUACCAACAGGUGGUGAACAUCCCACCCAAGUCUUCUUUAGCUGUGCCUUUCGUCAUCGUGCCCCUGAAAAUCGGCAACCAUGACAUUGAAGUCAAGGCUGCCGUCUACAACCACUUCAUUAGUGAUGGUGUCAAAAAGAAGCUGAAGGUCGUGCCGGAAGGGAUGAAAGUGACAAAGGCUGUGACCACUCGAACCCUGGACCCAUUGAAACUUGGCCACAAUGGUGAGCAGAGGGAAGACAUUCCUGCAGCAGACAUCAAGGACAUUGUUCCAGGCACAGAGUCAGAAACCAGAAUCCAAUUUCAAGGAACACCUGUGGCCCAGAUGGUGGAGGAUGCUAUCGAUAGUAGCAAGCUCAAUCAUCUGAUUGUGACACCGUCGGGCUGUGGUGAGCAGAACAUGAUCGGAAUGACUCCCACGGUCAUCGCCGUUCACUAUCUGGAUGCCACGGAUCAGUGGGAAAAGUUUGGAUUGGAAAAGCGGCUGGAAGCCUUAGAACUUAUCAAGAAGGGGUAUGCACAAGAGCUGGCCUUCAAGAAGCCAGACUUUUCCUAUGCUGCCUUUCUUGACCGACCAUCCAGCACAUGGCUGACAGCCUAUGUCGUGAAGGUGUUCUCCAUGGCCACCAACCUCAUCGCAAUUGAUGCACAGGUCCUCUGUGGUGCAGUCAAAUGGCUUAUCUUGGACAAGCAGAAACCUGAUGGAAUGUUCCAGGAGGAUGGCCCAGUGAUCCACCAGGAAAUGAUUGGUGGCUACAGGGGUGGGGAGGCUGAUGUUUCACUCACAGCUUUUGUGCUCAUCGCUCUGCAUGAAGCAAAAGACAUCUGUGCGGGCCAAGUCAAUAGCCUGGAAGGCAGCAUCAACAAAGCAGGCGACUUCCUGGCCAACAAAUACCAGGCCCUGAACCGGCCCUACACCGUGGCUAUGGCUGGCUAUGCCCUGAGCCUGCUGGAGAGACUUGAUGAACCCAAGGUGGACAAGUUCCUGAGUGCAGCCAAGGAUGGCAACAGUUGGCAGGAGAGAGGCCAGCAGCUCUACAAUGUGGAGGCCACAUCCUAUGCCCUCCUAACCCUACUGAAACUGAAAGACUUUGACACGGUCCCUGCUGUAGUUCGAUGGCUAAAUGAGCAGAGAUACUAUGGAGGUGGUUAUGGGUCUACCCAGGCUACCUUCAUGGUGUUCCAGGCUCUGGCCCAGUACCAGCAGGAUGUGCCAGAUCAUCAAGAACUCAAUCUGGAUAUAUCUGUCCAGCUGCCCAGUAGAAGCUCAGCCUUCAACUACCGCAUCAGUUACGACUCGGCCAGCUUGUUGCGAUCAACUGAGACCAAGAUAAAUGAAGACUUUACUGUGAAGGUCAAAGGAAAAGGACAAGGCACUCUGUCGGUUGUGACAGUGUAUAAUGCCAAGUUAAAAGAUAAUCCAUUGUGUAAGAAGUUUGACUUGAGGGUGUCCACUCGACCAGCCCCAGAAAAUGUCAUGAAGCCUCAGGAUGCCAAGGCCACCAUGUUCCUUGAUAUCUGCACUAGGUACCUAGGAGAAACUGAUGCUACUAUGUCAAUUCUGGAUAUCUCUAUGAUGACUGGCUUUUCCCCAGACACGGAAGAUCUCAAUUUACUGACCAAGGGCAAGGAUAGAUACAUUUCCAAAUAUGAGCUGGGCAAGGCUGUGUCUGACAAGAACACUCUUAUCAUCUACCUGGACAAGAUUUCCAACAAGGAAGAGGAGUGUUUGUCCUUCAAGAUCCACAAAUAUUUUGAAGUGGGACUCAUCCAGCCUGGGGCCGUCAAAGUCUACUCCUACUACAACUUGGAGGAAAGCUGUACCAAGUUCUACCACAUCACCAAAGAGGGUGGCUUGCUCAAUAAGAUCUGCCACAAAGAUGUGUGCCGAUGUGCCGAGGAGAACUGCUUCCUGCAUCGAGAGGAGGAGCAGCUGACGAGGCAGCAGAGAAUUGAGGAGGCCUGUGAGCCGGGAGUGGACUAUGUCUAUAAGGUCAGGGUGAACAAGAUCCAACAGUCUGACAGCUACGAUGAAUACCAGAUGCUCAUCAAAGAGGUCAUUAAGUCUGGCUCCGAUGAGAAUCCUCGAGACAAGCUUCGGACAUUCAUAAGCCAUGUGAAGUGUCGGGAGGCCCUGCUGCUAAGGGAGGGCAAGGAUUAUCUGAUCUGGGGCAUCUCCUCUGACCUAUGGAAGAUGAACUCAGAGCUUAAUUACAUCAUUGGCAAGGACACCUGGGUGGAGUUCUGGCCACAAGAAGAUGAAUGUCAGGAUGAAGAGAAUCAGAAACUGUGUCAGGAUCUGGAGGUCUUUUCUGAAGGCAUGAUCUCCUUUGGCUGCCCCAACUAACCUGGCCAUGACCCAACCCCACCUGUGGACCUGAAUGGCCACCCACCCCUGGCCUCAGCCAUCUCCUACCAUAUUUUUAAAUAAAGGCUCUUUCUCAAGGA